AGUGUGCUUGAAACCCCUAAUCCAAGCUCUUGUAACGCUAGCGGUCGGAGAAAGCUAGAAGAUGAAUGUGGUGGCGCUGGUAAGCGGCGGCAAGGACAGCUGUUACGCCAUGAUGAAGUGCAUGCAAUACGGCCACCAGGUUGUUGCGUUGGCAAAUUUGAUGCCGGCUGAUGAUUCAGUGGAUGAGCUUGAUAGCUACAUGUACCAAACUGUUGGGCACCAAAUAAUUGUCAGCUAUGCAGAAUGCAUGGGAGUACCAUUGUUCAGACGAAGAAUACAAGGAUCUCCAAGGCAUCAGAAGCUUGGCUACAAAAUGACUCCGGGUGAUGAAGUUGAAGAUAUGUUUGUUUUGUUAAGUGAAGUAAAAAGACAGAUACCUUCUGUCACAGCAGUAUCUUCUGGCGCUAUUGCAUCUGACUAUCAAAGGCUGCGAGUGGAAAGUGUUUGUUCAAGGUUAGGGCUUGUUUCUCUGGCGUAUUUGUGGAAACAAGAUCAGUCAUUGCUCCUUCAAGAAAUGAUGACAAAUGGGAUUGUGGCUAUCACAGUAAAGGUUGCAGCGAUGGGGUUGGACCCUAGAAAGCACUUGGGCAAAGAUAUAGGGUUCUUGAUGUCCUAUCUACAUAAGUUGAAAGAGUUGUAUGGGAUUAAUGUAUGUGGUGAAGGAGGGGAAUAUGAGUCAUUGACACUUGAUUGCCCACUUUUUCUAAAUGCCCGAAUUGUGCUUGAUGGAUUUAAAAUUGUAAUGCACUCUUCUGAGGCCAUAGCUCCAGUCGGAAUUCUUCAUCCCUUGGCUUUUCAUCUAGAAAAUAAGGCAGAGUCUCGUUCUUCAAGUGGCAUUGACAAAACCACUGAGAUUUGUAAGGAGAAAGUGGGUUUUGUAUUUGAAGUGCAAGGAGAUUGUCUACAUAGGUGUGAAGCCACAUGCCAGCCUGCUGCUGAAGUCACCAAGUUAGAUGAAGUUGCAGAACGUAGAGUUCACAUCUCAAGAACAAAAAAUCAUAAUACAUUUUCUAUUUGUUGCUGGUUGCAAGAUUCCUGUGAAACUUCGGCAGGUUUGCAAGAGGAUUUGGAGGCUGUUUUAAGGAAGAUUGAACUAAAGCUUGUGGGAUAUGGUUUUGGUUGGGAGAAUGUCCUCUAUAUUCAUUUAUAUAUAGCUGAUAUGGAUAAGUUUAGUAUAGCAAACGAGACAUAUGUGAGAUAUAUAACACAGGAGAAAUGCCCCUUUGGUGUUCCAUCCCGCAGUACCAUUGAACUACCAUUGUUGCAAGUGGGUUUAGGAAGUGCGUACAUUGAAGUUUUGGUGGCCAAUGACCAGAGUAAAAGGGUUCUGCAUGUUCAAAGCAUUUCCUGCUGGGCACCUAGUUGCAUUGGACCAUAUAGUCAGGCGACCUUGCAUAAAGAGAUACUUCACAUGGCUGGGCAGUUGGGUCUUGACCCUCCAACAAUGACUCUCUGCAAUGGAGGCGCCACUGCUGAGCUGGAACAAGCACUGGAAAACAGUGAAGCAGUAGCAAAAUGCUUUAACUGUUCAAUAUCGACCUCUGCCCUUCUCUUUGUUGUUUACUGUUCGACUUAUGUACCAUCAUCCGAGAGGCACAGAAUUCAGGACAAGCAGGACACUUUCCUGAAGCAAAUGAGGCUCUUUCAGUCAGACAAAGGAAGCAUUAUUAAAGUUCCUGAUCCUAUUUUUCUUUAUGUCCUUGUGCCUGAUCUGCCAAAGAGGGCACUUGUAGAAGUAAAGCCCAUUCUUUAUGUCCCAGAGGAUGCAGAUGUGUCAACUGGAACUGUGCAAGAACUUUCUUGCGUAAGCAUGCCUAGUUAUUGGGGUUUUCAGCAUGCGCACUGGCAUGAUUCUUGCUUCCAGAAAUGUGUUGUUCAUGGAAAGAUCUGUGCAGUUAUUUUGUGUAUCACAAGUGAAGUUGUUGUGAAGAUAUGUUCUGAGUCUCUAGAUGGUGAUCAGGGCAGCCGGGAUUAUCAAAAUUCACUCCAAGAGAGGCAAAUGGAAAGAGUAUCAAGAUUUUGCAUUUAUCUUCUUGAUAAAAUUUAUAUGCAGAACAAUUUCUCUUGGGAAGACACAGAGAAUUUGAGGUUCUACUUCCCAACAAGCGUUGGCGUGCCUAUGGAGGCACUUUCCCUCAUGUUAACCAAUGCAUUCAAUGAAUUAGCUGAAAUGGGUCAGAGAGUAAAAAUUGGUGAAGAGCCCAUCUUUAACCUUGUUCCUGUCUUAGGUGCUGGGAGAUCUGCCACAUCCAUGGAUGAUAUAAUAACCUGUGAACUAUUUGCCCUGAAAUCGUGAGCCUGCUUUUUUUGGGCAGUUACCAAUUCAUGAGGAAUAUGGUUGAAAUUCCUCUUUAAUGUAAGUUCAUAUUAUGUAGGGAAUGCUUGAAGUUAUGAUUCAUUUGUUACAUUAUAGAUUCACAGUAAUGGAUUUGGAAAUGCUCUAUAGCGGCCACAA